UCCGGCCACGUCUGCCGGGUCCUGCUGCAGCUCUGCGCUAAGCCUAGCUGGAGCAGCGGUGGGGGUUGUCAGCCGAGAACCAUGGGCCGAGACUCGUGUCCCUCGGCGGGGCUGCGCUGGUCGCCGCUGCUCUCGCUUUUGCUUCUCAUGCCGUCCGGCCUUGCAUGGGACAGCGGAGACUUGGAGCUCUUCGACUUAGUGGAGGAAGUCUCGCAAAACUUCUACGUGUUCCUGGGAGUUGAGCAGGAUGCUUCAUCAGCAGACAUUAGGAAAGCAUAUCGCAAGCUUUCAUUAAUACUACACCCGGACAAGAAUAAAGAUGAAAAUGCAGAAACCCAGUUUAGACAAUUGGUGGCCAUAUAUGAGAUUUUAAAGGAUGAAGAGAGGAGGCGUAGAUAUGAUGAUAUUCUGAUCAAUGGGCUACCAGAUUGGCGACAACCUGUAUUUUACUACAGGCGAGUGAGGAAAAUGAGCAAUGCAGAGUUGGCAUUACUGUUGUUCAUUAUCCUCACAGUGGGUCAUUAUGCUGUGGUUUGGUCAAUCUACCUGGAAAAACAACUGGAUGAACUGCUUAGCAGAAAAAAGAGAGAGAAGAAGAAAAAGGCAGGAGGGAAGAAUGUGGAUGAAGUGAAACUUGGUGUAGACAGGAAUGAAAGAUUGUUAGAGAAACCACAGUGGCGGGACCUGCUUCCGUGCAAGCUGGGAAUAUGGUUCUAUCUAACAGUAAAAGGAUUGCCUCAGCUAAUUCAGGAGGCCAGACAUCUGUAUGUAGAAUAUAAAGAAACAAAAAUGAAGGAGAAAGAAGAGGCCUUGGCUAGAGCUGAAACGGAAACACUUCCAAAAGAAAAGAAACCUAAAGUCAAGAAACCAAAAUCUGAAUAUCCGGUAUACACAGUGGCAGAAACAAAUGCAUUUGUACCAUCAUAUGAUCAUGGCACGUCUAUUGAGGAGAUUGAAGAACAGAUGGAUGAUUGGCUGGAAGACAGAAACAAAUCGCUAAAAAAGAAGGCACCUGAAUGGACGGAAGAGGACCUUAGCCAACUGACAAGAAGUAUGGUUAAGUUCCCAGGGGGUACGCCUGGUCGAUGGGAAAAGAUUGCUCAUGAAUUGGGUCGAUCAGUGGCAGAUGUGACAAUGAAAGCAAAGGAGGUUAAAGACACAGUUGUAUGUGCACCCGGUGUUGUUAGGCUGUCUGAGCUGAAAAUGCUGGCCCAAAACUCAAGAGCCAACAAGGCUGCUGUUAACUUAUCAGAUCAUAUAAUCACUCAGCGGGAAAGAGAGGAGGCUGUACAGGAAGAAGAAGCAAAGUAUACUUGUGACCCUGAACCAACAGAUGUGGCAGCAGUUGAUCAAAGAGAGACAGUGUUGAAUGAAGCCAGACUCCGUAAGCGGAAGACAAUACCAAAGGUUCCUGAAACAACACUUCCAGUGAUGAAAGAGACAGCAGAAGACAAGUGUAGAGGAAAGCGCCAGAAAGACUUUGUCACUGCAGACCAAGAGGAGGAUAGUGAUGACGAGGGCAGAAAAAGAGAGAGAUGUCGCAGUUCAGAAGACUUUUGGACUCAGAAUCAACAAAAGCUGCUGGAGUUGGCCUUACAGCAGUAUCCAAAGGGAACGCUAGAACGUUGGGAUAAAAUUGCAAGAUAUGUUCCUGGAAAAAGUAAGGAAGAAUGUAUGACAAGAUACAAGUUGCUGGUUGAACUCAUACAAAAGAAAAAGAUGGUAAAAAGCUGAAUAUUUUGAAUAAUUUUACUUGCCAGAGUGGAAUAUUUUAAACAUCUUAUGCAGUAACAUGUAUUUUUAUACCUCAGUAUUUCAGUAUGUCAUGUGCCUUAGUAAAAUAAGAUAAAAUACAAUAAAAAUUUAUGCCUUCCA